GUGUGACUGUUAUUAACGCGUCCCAAAGCACCGAAGGGAGCGCUCCGCUCUUGACAGUGUGAGUAACGGACUUUGUGUUUUACACUUUUAAAAGUACAAGAUGGCGAUGUGUUUAGGCUUCGCGACCUUUUGGCAGUUAAAGCUGGUGGCUAGCUGCGGUACAGAUUCGCUGGUCAGCUUCACGGCGGUGCGCCGUCGUCGUCACGUGAGUCGAUUGAAACGCACGGGGUUUGUGUCCGUAGUUCUCUUGGAGACGUGAUGCAGAGAGUCGGGUCAUGGCCUGGAAGUCGAGAACUCGCAAUCUCCAGGUGUUGGACACCGAGCUGAGCGCCGACACGGUGGAGUGGUGUCCGGUGUCGCCGUGUCACAACGUCCUGGCCUGCGGGACUUACCAGCUGCUCCAGCAGGGUGACGAUGACGGUGGCACCCCAAGUCGGACUGGACGCCUGUAUCUUUUUAGAUACCAACGUGAAGCAUCACUCAGUCCACCUCUCACUGAGCUGCAGCAAUUUGACACCGCUGCUAUUUUAGACUUGAAAUGGUGCCACGUUCCUGUGUCGGACAAACCUGUGCUUGGCCUCGCUGCUGCCACUGGGGAACUGCAGCUCCACGCCCUGUCGGACGGUCAGGACGGCAGCCAAAACCUGCAGCCGCUCAGCAGCGCGGUGGUCGGUGCCGAGCGACUGGCUCUGUCUUUGGACUGGUCCUCUGGGAGACUGGACAGCAGUGACCUGAGAGUGGUGUGCAGUGACUCCGCUGGCUGCGUCAGUGUGCUCAGCCUGGCUGAGUGUGCUCUGAUCACCAGCUCCCAGUGGAAGGCUCACGACUUUGAGGCCUGGAUUGCUGCCUUCUCCUACUGGAACACACAGUUGGUUUACUCUGGUGGAGAUGACUGCAAACUGAAAGGCUGGGACCUCAGGAUGGGACCCUGCAGCCCCACUUUCAUCAGCAAACAACACUCGAUGGGAGUGUGCAGUAUCCAUAGCAGUCCUCAUCAGGAGCACGUCCUGGCGACAGGAAGCUAUGACGAGCAGGUGUUGCUGUGGGACGGGCGGAAUAUGAAGCAGCCUCUCUGCCAGACCCCCAUGGGUGGUGGCGUGUGGCGGUUGAAGUGGCACCCGAGCCACCAGCACCUCCUGUUGGCAGCCUGCAUGCACAACGACUUCCACAUACUCCACUGCCAGCAGGCUGUAGGGGACAGUCCAGCUGCCUGUCCUAUUGUGGCCUCCUACAUCCUCCACAACUCUCUAGCGUACGGAGCAGACUGGUCUCGGCUGUCGCUGGACGAACCCGCUCCCAGCUCACCGCCUGUUUCCCAACCAAAGACAAGUCUCGCCAAGAGCAGCGGCCACCUAAGGAUCCAGUAUGAAUCGCCGACCGCUAGCUUUGACACCUCACUGGAGGAUGACGCUGGACGAUACAUCCCAGAGGACUGUGAAGCCACGCCCACCUCCUCGAGGCCUCAUCUUUCCGUCGACCGUCACGAUGCUUCCACGCUGUCAUGUCUGCUGGCUAGCUGCUCGUUUUAUGACCACAUGCUUCACGUGUGGCGCUGGGACUGGACCCCAGAGGGCGGAAGUGACCGGUCCAAAUCUUCACCUCUCGAUGAGUCUGCUCCAGAGGCCCUGAUUUAGGGAGGGCACCCGGUGCAUGCAGUUAGUGGACAUAUAUUUUUGUAAUGUUUUCAAUAAACCUGCAGUUCAACAUCUUUUAGAUUUCUGCUCACAGAUCAAGACAUCACAAAGACUGAAG